AUGCAGGACCUGCCUCUGCCGCGCCCCUCCUGUGUGGCCCUGCAGAACGAGGACCACGAAGAGGACGCGGUCGUCAUAACGGCUCUCGACGUCGUCCCCUUCUGCUGCCACGCGGACCUGCUCACCAUGGACCGCCUCCAGCUCGCCCGCGUCGCGCUGACGCUCAACGCGAAGCUCCCCCUGAUCCUCCAGAUCGACAUCCGCCCGUCGCGCCCGGACGUCGACAUCCGCAACGAGAUCGAGCGACUCGUC